AUGCUUGCUAACAACACCAUUAAACAUACACCAAUAACUUCAUUGUUGAACAGAUACUUUGCUUCAGCCGUUUCACAGGGAGCCAAGUUCACACCAUCCAAUGAGACUGUCCCAGUAAGAUUGGAGAAGGCCGCUCAGAAGUACCCAUUCUUUGAUGCACUCUUGUUCCCCAACGAGGCCAGCAGUCUUAAGUUCAACUUUAAGGAGCUUUGGGGUGGUGUCAGCGGACUGGCCAGUGGCUUCGUGGAGGCCAACAUCAAGAACCAACAACCAGUGAUGACCAACGCACCUCAAUCAUCAGAGCACGUAUUUACUCAAAUGGCUGCCGCUGCUGCUGGCGUCCCAUUUGUGCCCGUCGCCCCAGAGUCAACACUCAGCCAAAUUGGUGAGGUUUUGGCUACAUCCUCAUCAAAGGCUUUGGUGUUGGCUGAGGUUAAGAACAGAGUGAUUGUUGAUGAGGCCAUUGCCUUCUUCCCCAACCUUGACAGAAUCACUAUGGAUGAAUAUCACAGAGACAGCCGAUUCCCAGAGUUGAAAUACAUCAUCACUACUAGCGACUUCCAGGAGCCAGGUAUCGACCUUUUCAAGGAGUUUGUUCUCCAAGUGAACCUGUUGAAGAAGACAAAGACUACCCCAACAUCUCUGUCCACUUUGAUUCCAACAAAGGAUGGUAAAUUGGUUGGCUUCACACAAAACUCAUUGAUCAACACUGGAGAUGCAUUGUUUGGAUUGUUGGGAUUGAGGACCCAAGACAGAGUUUCAUUCAGUGUACCAUUCCACAAUGGCACUUCCUAUGCCCUGUACCUCGGUUGUUUGUCCAACGGAACAUUGGUCAUCGUUCCAAGCCAUUCGUUCUCUGUCGAGACCACACUUAGCACCAUCCACGAGAACAAGUCUUCGAUGUUGGUCGUCAGUGGUGAGCAGCUUGAGGCCCUGCUGACAAGCGAUAAGCUCAACAAGUUCGACUUGAAGUCGCUGCAGUCAUUGGUUGUCUGUGGUAAUGUGAAGUUGGACUUGUUGAAGCAAGCAGAGGAGAGACUCAAGGUCAAGAGAAUAUCAAACAUCGACGUUGUUGUGAACACACCAGGUCAGUUGACUGGAGUGGUGUUUAACCAAUCUGGUGUUGGUCAGUUGCUGCCAGGAAUAGAGGCAAAGGUCGUUGACAAGUCAGGAAAGACCGUCGAGCAAGGUCAGACUGGUACUCUCUACACGAAGGGAUACCAUGUCAACAACAAUGUCAAGGACUGGUUGGAUACUGAGGUUUCUGCAAAGAUCAAUCAAGAUGGAACCAUCACCAAACUUUAG